AUGGCAAGCCGCGAGGGUGAUCGACGGCCACUGAGAAAUGGGUGUUUCCCUUGUCUUCCAUCUACGGGUAUAAAAGCGUUCCUCUUAGCGCAUUUUUUCUGCGUUGUUCUUCUCGUUGGCUACCUCCUGGUAGGCGCGCAGAUGUUCCGCGCGAUUGAACUCGACGAGGAAAUCGCUCAAAGGGAACAUGUUUGGGAGUAUCGUUCGUACCUCAUCCACGAACUCUGGAACCAAAGCCAAAACAAGAACGUCACCAAAGACGAAUGGAUAGAAAUGGCAGAAAGUGGAAUCGACCAUCUGUCCAAACACUUAGAAGUUUUGUUUGUUCAUGGAUACCGAACUUCCCAGAAUCACCACAGUCAUUGGAAUUUUGUUGGAUCGUUGGUGUUUAGUAUGUCGGUCGUUACCACUAUUGGUUAUGGUCACAGAGCUCCCGCAACCACUCUUGGACGUUUCGUGUGUAUUGUAUAUGCUAUCAUUGGAAUACCGCUCACGUUUCAUAUCAUUGGAGAUUCGAGCAAACUGUUGUUUCAUCUGAUCGGAAAAGCCUUCGUCUCGCUGUGCUGUAAACGUAAACAGAACAGCGGUGGACAGAGAAGCGAGCAGGGGACGCAUGCGUCGAUGAAUGAUAAUUGUCUUUCCGAUGCAAGGCGAGCGACCGGUCCUAUGAGUGCUUCGUCCAGUAGACGACUCUCUCCGCACGCGCAACCCUUAUCUCCCCAGGCGACUGUGUGGGUCGCCGCUGUCGACACACAGGUGUUGUCGCACAACCGGAACAUUCGAAAAAGCGUAAACCGGAGAAUACGCAAACGGACAGACACCCCGCGACCUCCAAGACUUCCCAUGAUGCUUAUUUUCAUUGUAUUAAUCUGCUUUAUAUUACUGGGUGCUCUGUACUACUGGUGGUGGCAGGGUUGGACUUAUUUCACGUGUGUUUAUUUCAAUGUUAUAUCUAUUAGUGCAAUCGGAUUCGGCGACUAUAUGCCACGUGAAACUACCGACAGUUUUCUCAGUACAAUGAGACUAUUCCUAUUUUUCAACAUCAAUUUCAUGGGAAUGGCCAUAGUGACGGCGUAUAUUACGCAUGCGCAAAAACGCAUAGGAAGGUCAACCCGGAAAAUAAGUAAGAGCUUUCUGAAUCUAGGAAACGUGAGGCGCGAAAGCGAAAGCGACUCUGUUUCCAGGCAAGAGGAGAAUGGACAUGUCCUUUCAAAUGUAAGACAGAGGAAUUAUUGGUUGUACAGCAGUGACGAUGAACAAACAUGA